UGUUUCCGGCGCUUACGCUGACGCUCUCUUUCCGUGCGUGCGACACCGUGAAUUUGAACGGAGCAACCGCGACUUCGCCAAGUUGCUGCGCCCGUACUUUUCGUGGCAUGAGUCUGCGUAGCUCCGAGAAGUCGUGACACGUUUGGUUCGUCGUUGAACGAAGCUAAAAUGAGGAAAGUGCUGUUCUCGGCAGCUUUUGCCCUUCUCUUCGUGGCGUCAACGGCGAAGAAAUCAAAAGAAGGUGCGAAACCAGACUGGGCCAAGAAAGACGUACGCGACUUCAAUGACGCCGACUUGGAGAGACUUUACGAACAGUGGGAGGAAGACGAGGAGCCGCUGGAGCCGGAUGAACUGCCGGAGCACAUGCGGCCGGCUCCGAAGAUUGAUAUGAGCAAGAUGGACACCUCUAAUCCAGAGAACAUAUUGAAGGCAUCGAAGAAAGGCAGGAUGCUUAUGACAUUUAUCACCCUUCUAGGAAAACCAACGAGAGAAGAGACCGAGGAGAUAACGAGCAUCUGGCAAACAAGCUUAAUGAAUAACCAUAUUAGCGUAGAUAGGUACAUCCUUGAUGACAACCGAGCCCUGUUCACCUUCAAGGAUGGUUCGCAGGCUUGGGAGGCAAAAGAUUUUUUGGUUCAGCAGGAUCAGCUGGAAACGAUCACCAUCGAAAAUAAGCCGUAUUAUGGGAAGAAUGCUGGCGACAAGGCACAAAGCAAGAAAGCAGUAGAUGAGCUGUGACAUUCGUCAUCGUCGCCACCAUUUCCAAGGUCACUCACUGCGUCUGCACUUACUUCAUAAUGCGAAUUCGUAACUGUAAUUUCUCUUGACGUCCAGAAGUGGUGUCUGUUUUUUUGUUACUGAGUCCCUGACAGAUGCUUAUGUGCUUAUUUAUUCCUAAAUGUGAAUGUGGAGAUAAAGUGAACAAUUGGUAAAUGUGUGUUUAUUUCACAAUGUACAGAUUUUCUGCUCUCUAAUGUUAUGGUAAUGUCCGUGCCAAAAUUAGGUAAAAUUAGGCUUGAAUAUGUUUGGUCGCACAUUUGUGAAAGCUUCGAGUGCUUUGGUGGUCCAUUAUUUUUCUCGACUUACGGAGGAAAUGUCACUAAAGAGAUGUGCUCAAAUAAACAGGUUUGUUUUUG